UUUUAGUAAUUUAUCUUCUUUUUCUAAUCAAACGAAAACCGUGAGUAAGAAGUAAAAUACUUAUUAUAUCCAUGUAAAAACUACCUUUCCUUGAUAAAACCAAAUUCCUAUAAACUCUUCUUCAAUCAAAUCCAAUCGCUAUAUAUUCUAUACCUUUUACUUCAAUUAUUACACUACUCAGUUAAUAAUACUAUUUGUUUUUCCCAUGGUGAUGAGCAAAGGGGCGGCAAUGAUAGGUGGAGAUGCGAUUAUCGGUGAGGCGGCACUGAUUCAGCGACAGCAUGCGCGAAGGUCACAAAGAUGGUUGAAAGUGGCGAAGAUAUAUAAUGAGUUUGAGGAGGAGUGUGCUACAAGUAACGAGAAGUUGAAGCAGAUUGCAGACGCCAUGACUAUGGAGAUGCAUGCUGGACUUGCAUCGGAAGAUGAUAGUAAACUCAAGAUGCUUGUCAGCUACGUUGAAAAUCUUCCCAACGGUGACGAGGAAGGCGUGUAUUACGCAUUGGAUCUUGGUGGAACAAACUUCAGAGUGUUGCGUGUGCAAUUAGCAGGGAAGUCGGGCAUCAAAUCUCAAGAGUUUGUUGAAGUGUCAAUUCCUCCACAGUUGAUGGUUGGAACUAAACAGGAACUUUUCGAUUAUAUUGCAACAGAACUUGCAAAAUUUGUUGGCGACGAAAGUGACAAGUUUCAUUUGCCUCCGGGCCGACAAAGGGAGUUGGGUUUCACCUUUUCAUUCCCUGUAAUGCAAUUAUCAAUUGCUUCCGGGACUCUCAUGAGGUGGACUAAAGGAUUCUCUAUUGAUGACAUGGUUGGUCAAGAUGUAGUAUCGGAAUUAACACAAGCAAUGAAAAGAAAAGGCAUUGAUAUGCAUGUUUCCCCUCUGGUGAAUGAUACAGUUGGAACAUUAGCAAGAGGUAGAUACGACAACAACGACGUUGCCAUUGCUGUAAUUAUGGGUACCGGUACAAAUGCAGCUUACGUUGAACAAGCCCAUGGUAUACCAAAAUGGCACGGCCCGCCACCUAAAUCAGGAGAGAUGGUCAUAAACAUGGAGUGGGGUAACUUCAGCUCGUCACAUCUUCCGUUGACGGAGUAUGAUACUGCAUUGGAUAUAGAAAGCUUAAACCCGGGUCAACAGAUGUAUGAAAAAAUGAUUUCGGGGAUGUACCUGGGAGAAAUUCUUCGUAGAGUUUUGCUUAGGAUGGCCGAUGAGGCUGCUCUUUUCGGUGACACUAUCCCCCCAAAACUAAAAACUCCAUUUGUGUUGAGGACGCCUGAGAUGUCUGCAAUGCAUCAUGACACAUCCAAGGAUCUUAGAGUGGUCAGACACAAGCUAAAAGACAUUUUAGAGAUAUCUAACACAUCUUUGAAGACACGAAAGCUCAUAGUCGAGCUUUGCAAUGUCAUUGCCACACGAGGGGCCCGUCUUACUGCGGCUGGGAUUUUGGGCAUUUUGAAGAAAACCGGAAGGGAUAUUGCCAAAAACGGGGAGACGCCAAAAACAGUGAUAGCAAUGGACGGCGGUUUGUAUGAGCAUUACACUGAAUACAGGAAGCACCUGGAAAACACGUUGCACGAACUUGUGGGAGAUGAGUUAGCAGAAUGCAUUAAGCUUGUACACUCGAAUGACGGUUCAGGAAUCGGGGCAGCUCUUCUUACUGCCUCUCACUCUCGGUAUUUGGAAAUUGACGGGUCAUAAGAAAACCAGUUUGAUU